GAGUAUCGCGCGGCUAAAAUUUAAUCCAUUAUUUAAAAAUAGCAAUUUGUUCAUCGCGAUGAAUCGGUUUAAAUAUAUUUAAAUAAAAAAAUACUUUGGGUUAAAAAAUAUUGAACUUUGAAAGUCAAUAAAAGAUAUAGUUACAACAGGUACAUUAAAAAGCUAAAAGUAAUAAAAAAGGCGAAAGAGUAACUAACCAUAAAAAAUGUCAAAAAAAAAGAAUGGAGAAAUUAUCUUAAAGAUCAUUUCACUAAUUACUGUCAUGUGCAUCGUAACUACCAAUGGAAAAUUGUUUAUAGGAGAUUGCUCGUACGGUUUCUGUAAUCAGCUAUGCAAAACGAUAGAUGAAGGCGUAAUUGAAUGUUUUUGUAGGAAAGGCUUUAUACUUCAAAAAGACGGAAGAAAUUGCAUUUUUGAUCAAGACGAUAAUCAGUUAGUGGAAAGUAUUCAGAUAUCCGGAGAUGGAGAAUCACUAGAAAAUUGUGACGACUCUGAUGGAAUAUGUGAAUCUUUUAUUAGUAAUAUUGGAUCAGGAGAAAAUAAUGAUAUAUUAGAAACGUUUGAACAACCAAAAGAAAGUUUAGUAUUAAGUUCAUUAUUAAAUAAUAAAUACACAAAAGGAAACAGUUUUGUAACAAUUAGUUCUAGCAGUAAUAAAAUUGUCAACGAAAAAAUUAUCAAGUUUAGUAACGUAAACCCUAAUAUUUCAAGUACAUCUCAAAAAAAAGCAACAAUUACUACAAAAACAAGCAUAAGUCUACAAUCAACUACAAAUAUAAGCAUGAGUCAGCAGCCAACUCCUAAUAUAAGCAUGAGUCAACAAUCAACCCCAAUAAUAAGCAUGAGUCAACAAUCAAUUACAAAUAUAAGCAUGAGUCAACGACAAACUCUAAACAUAAGCAUGAGUCGACAAUCAACUCCAAAAAUUAGUAUGAGUCGACAAUCAAUCAACAAUUCCUACAAAAAUUUUGAGAUUCAUACAACACUUUUGAUAAAAGUUAUCGAUGUAAAGAAAUAUAAAACUUUUAAAAUGGGAAAUACAUCCUAUGAAUCUCAGGAAACAUUUCAAACUCCAAUACAUCUUUUGAAUCCCAACACAUCACUCUUUCAAAAUGCCAAUUCAUUAACUGGUUAUUCUGAAAAAUCUCAAUUUAAAUUUUUAUUAACAGAGUCAGGUUCAUAUCAAAAUGAAAGUUCUGAAGAGAGUACGUCAUCGAAUACUGUAAUGCAUGGAAGCUUUUAUAAAAUAACAAGUAAAACUCAACUAACUCCGUACAAAUUUCAGACUGCCUCUUCCAAUAUUCACGCAAGUCCGCACAACAUUUCAGAGGCUUUGUCCGAACUCCAAACACCUUGGCUUAAAACUGAAGAAAAUUUAUUCAAAAUUCAAGCAACUGCGUCAAAAAUUUAUGCAGUUGUUUCUAAAAAUAGAGUGAUUUCUCCCGAAAUUCAAGCAACUUUAAAUAAAUUCCAAACAACUCCUUUUGAAAUUCAAGCAACUGCUUCCGAAUUUCAAGCAAGUAUACCUUUUGCUAUAAAGAAAACUCCCGUUUUUUAUCUAGAAAACUUAACUACGGCAAACUUUCCAAAUAAAAAACUAUCAAAUACAAGCACUGUUAAUAUGAGUUUAACACCAGUUCAAUCCAAGAAAUAUUUAUUAACAGAAAUUCUACAAAAUUCAAAUGAUGAGCAACAUAGUUCAACAAUUGUCUUAAAAAAAACUCCUAUUUUAUUUAAGGAAAAUUAUUUGACAGAACUGUUUUCUAAUUCAAAUUACAUAGAAGCAGCUGCCACCACCACGAUAGAGAGAACGCCACUUAACUCUUUAGUAAAUUUAAAAAAUAAAAAGUUUUCACAAGAAAAUAACUCUAUGGAGGAAAACGCAACCACUGUCAUAGAUAAAAACCCAGAUUUUUAUCAGGAAAACUUUACGAUUAAAAGUUCCUUUUAUCCUCUUUAUACAGAAAAAAAUACUGAUUUAACUGAAAAUAUAAAGACACCAGUUCCAUUUCAGAAUUACUCAAACAAAAAAAAUAUUGAUAAUUUAAGUUACAUCAAAGAAAACAAAAUCUCUGUCAUAGUAAGUGAAAAAACUGCCAUGAAGAAAAUGACAGUACCAUACAAAAAAAAAUCUAAAAUAAUCUCAUUGCAGAAUUUAACUAAUAAAGAGAAUUUAAUGAUAAAAGAAACUCCACGUUUGCGUCCGGAAAGCCGAAACACAAAAAAUACCUUUAAACCUAGUUAUGCGGAAACAAAGAAAACAACUUUAAUACGAGAAAAGCUAGUUCCAUACCAAAUCAAAUCAAAAGUCGAAAACUCAAAGAAAGCAAUCGUUUUUAGUCCAAACAAUGCAGAAACAACUCCAAUCACUGUUGUUGAGACAGUUUUAUUUUUAGAAAACUCAAAAAUAGAAAGUAUUUUUACUCCAAGUAAUGCAAAUAUAACUUCAUUUGUAAAUACCUUUCUUUCAUCAACUUCAUUAUAUUUCAUAAAAACGGGCAAUGUAAGUAUAGCUAAUGAACACAAAUCAGAAGAUAUCAAUCAAUUUGAAAAUGUAGUUACUCAAUUUAUCGAUCCCAAAACAAAUAUAGUAAAUGAGCCUAACACUUUUAAAAGCAGCUCGAGCAGCAUACAUCAGUUUUGGGUGAUAAACGUUUUUAUAAUAUUGUUAGCAUACAUUUUUGCGGUUGUAAUUAUGAAAUGAUUUAACACUUUUGAAAUUUUUGUAAAUAUUAAGUUAAAAUAUAAAUAAAAAUAAUUAUUUUUAA